UCAUGGCCACCAUCAAAACUCCAGCCAUUGCCUGUAUAGGUGUCAUUGGCAGACAAGAACGCAGUAAACUCGACUUCUCCUUCAUGCUUUCGACCUGUCUUGAUAUCUUUGAAGCCCGUCUACCUGAAAAGAAUGUCGGCCAAGACUUUGGUCUCCUCCAAGCCAUUGAUGAACGCCUGGCCAUGUACGGCUGGCUCACGAAUACUGGCGUGAAACUAGUCAUUAUUGUAGAUAUGGAGGGUCGUCAGUCUCCUGCCAAUGACUCUAGAACUCCUCCUGCUUUCCAAGCAUUGCAAAAGGCAUAUAUCAAUCUGUUGAGGAAUCCCUUCUACACACCCGAGGACCAUUCUCCCAGCGCCAGUGCCCAUCAAUCAGCUUCCUCAACUCAGAUCACUAGCCGCAACUUCACCAACGAGAUCAACCGUAUAGGACGAGUAUGGGCUCCCGCUAUUGCUUCUCGU